AUUCCCCAGGAGAUACUGAUUUUUUUGAGAUAUUUUGUUGCUCGAUCGAGAUACUUCUGAGCAAAUAUCCCACGAAUUAGCCCUUUGGCACACACACACACACAUAGAGGGAGAGAGACGACCCCUACAGCUUAAUUCUCAUAACCAAAACCAACAACAUGCCAUCCAAGCCGAUCGAGUCACCAGAACCCAGACCAAAGAAGGUCUACGGAACCGUGAGGAGCGACGACCCCGUCGAUAUGGACUACAAGCAGCGAAGGCAGGAGGAGGCCGAAGCCAACCGACCACCCAGUCCUCCUAACAGAGCGGCCGGCCGUAGAGAGAGUACUCAUGCACCGCAUCCUUCGAAAUAUCACAAACACCACGGUACAACCGGAUCCAUCUAUCGAUCCCAAUAACGGAAUGUGAAAUCGAUGAGUGCGGUAUGCAGCGCUUCUUCAGAUCCCAUGCGAGAGGGACUGGCUGUUUUCAUGGAUUUGGCGCUUUCGAUUCAUUGUACAGUACUUUUCAGGAGAUGAUCAUGGUGGCUUCCUGUUUGUCAUAAAAAAAAAGGAUAGUUCAAACGCAGAUACAUCUGGAGUAGUAUCAAAUCUAAUGCGCAACAUGAAUUUCACCCCUUUCCAUGUAAGCAA